UGUGAGAAGAUAAAGGGACAUGUGAGAACCUCGUUGAGCAGACACUCCUGACUGAUCCGACCUCAGACGGACGUCACUGCAGUACAGAGUGCAAAGAAGUUGUGAACACACGAACGGCGCAGGAAAGACAUGUUUAUUCUCUGCUGACGUAAAUUUGGGUUAUAAAUUUUAAGUGUGAAGAGAAGAAAAGAAAAAAAAAAGCCAAGAUGUGUUGCUCCGGCUUCCUCAAAAUGAUGAUGUUCAUCUUCAAUGGUGGCAUCUUUGUAGCAGGUGCAACCAUCCUGGGUCUGGGGGUGUGGGUGAAGGUGGACAGUGGUUCUCUACUGGGUAUACUGGAGAAUGUGGCCGAUGCACAGUCUGGGUUGUCCAUGCUGUCCAGCGUCAGCUACCUGCUCAUAGCAGUGGGGGCUGUGCUGCUGGUCAUCGGCUUCCUGGGCUGCUGCGGCGCCGUCAGGGAGAGCAGGUGCAUGCUGCUGACGUUCUUCAGCAUCGUACUGAUUAUCUUCAUCAUCGAGGUCGCCGGUGCUGUGGUGCUGCUCGUCUUCCGGGGUUUCGCUGAAGACCUUCUCCAGAGUCUGGAGGAGGAAGUUGGAACAAACAUAGAGCAGAACUACGGAAAGGAUGAUAGUGUGACCUCUAUCUGGGACGCCACCAUGGAGGAGUUGAAGUGCUGCGGAUACAAGAACUACACAGACUUUGACGGCUCCCCUUUUAACACUGCGCAAGGAGGAAAUGUUUACCCAGCCACAUGUUGUAAUUCAACCAGUUCCAUGGAUACAUGCAGCGAAAGGGAUGCACAAAUUUCGGCGGUGGACGGCUGCUUCCACAGGCUGCUGCAGCUGAUAGAGGACAAUGCUGUGAUCAUUGCGGCUGUGGCUCUAGGAAUUGUCGCUCUCGAGAUUGCUGCUAUGGUGGUGUCGAUGGUUCUCUACAAGGAUAUUGGCAACAAGGCUUGAUGUUUCCCAUUUGAGAUGAGAUUGCUGCAUUGUAAUUGGUGGAAAAUGUUUAUUUGUAAGCAGAUUCUUUCUAGUAAGUGUUUCCCUCUUUUUUUUUGAUUCAAAACAGAUAGAUAAACUGAAGGCUUGCAUGCAUUGUUGCAUGUAGAGCAUUAAAACCUAAGGAUCAAAGUCGGUUCAAAUGCUGUGUACUUCAUUUCAAAGCUGUAUCUGAGCACAUUUAUGCUGUGAUUUAUUUAUAUUCAAGAAAGGGCUUUUCAGGUGAUGUUGCAUGGGCUGAAACAUACAUCUAGUGAUAUGUAAUGAUGCACAGUGCAGACAAUGAUCUGUGUCAGCUGUUUCUGUCCCACACAUUCACUGCAAUAAUAUGACGGAUUGAUUUUUGUAUGUUUGAUCAUGUCUAAAUAAUAAAUAUCACAAUCCUGUCUUCCGACAUUUACUAAUAAAUUAUUUGGGUUGUUUUAUGAUCCACAUGAG